GCAAUCUCCAAGACUCCAACCCGUUCCCCCCUCUGUGGAUAGGAUUCACCAAAUCAACACCUGACAAGGAAAUGAGGUUGCACUGGCAUCCAUGAGCCAACUAAAACAAUCCAACGAUGGUUUCACGACGCCUUUGGUGGUCUUGGCCGGUGGGACAUUGCCAAUAUUGUUCUUGUUGAUCAGGGAGGGGGGUCAUGGAGCGCAGCGGCCGCAAUUUCGGCGUCCUUCAGACUGCGCGUUAGCUUACCGGAUUUCUGGAUCGCCUGCGGCCCAAGCAGGGAACAUGCCUCGAUUCAAUCACGACAUUGCAAUUGGUACAUAACUGCCAAUCAACCGUGCAGUUUUCUCUGAUCGAACCGGAAUUCGACAGUGUGCGGCCCGGCCCCAUUCACAGUCAUGUUGUUUCUCGAGCGGCUUCUGGGCCUUGCUGCCCUCUGCACCACGGUUUUUGCGGUUGAGUUAACGGGCUAUGAGUAUAUCGUUGUUGGCUCCGGCGCCGGUGGUGGGCCACUUGCCGCUCGCCUGGCCCUGGCCGGCCAUAAAACACUCCUGAUUGAAGCCGGCGACGACCAGGGCUCCAACGUCAACUACACGGUGCCCGCUUAUAAUGCCAAGGUAUCCGAAGACGAGAAGCUCGCAUGGAACUUCUUCGUUCGCCACUAUGCCGACGACGAGCGACAGGCGCGCGACUGGAAGACGAGUUACCAAACCCCCGACGGGAGCAUCUACACGGGCCUCAACCCCCCGCCAGGCUCCCGCAUGAUGGGCGUGCUGUAUCCCCGAACCGGCACCCUUGGCGGCUGCACCGCGCACAACGCCCUGAUCGCCGUUUACCCACACCAAUCCGACUUUGAGUAUCUCGCAAACCUGACCGGCGACAGCUCAUGGUCCCCGUCUAACAUGCGCAAAUAUUUCACCCGCCUCGAGAAGAAGCAGUACCUCCCGGGCUUACCAAUCGGCCACGGCCAUGACGGUUGGCUCACCACGGAGCUAACCCCUCUCACCCUCCCGCUCCAGGACCCGCAGCUCCUGGCCUUGAUCACCGGCGGCGCCCUGGCCCUCGGGGACAUCACCAACCAGAUCCUGAAUGUCGGCACGCUGCUGGCCGGCGACCUCAACGCCGCCACCUCGCUUCGCGACCACAGCCCCAACUACUACCAGAUCCCCAUCAGCACCAACCACGGCGCCCGCACCGGCGCGCGCGAGUUCAUCCUCUCCGUCCGCGACGCCCGCAACCCGGACGGGAGCAAAAAGUACCCGCUUGAUGUGCGUCUGAACUGCCACGUCACGCGCGUCGUGUUCGAUCAGACCGUUUCCCCGCCGCGUGCUACUGGGGUGGAAUUCCUCGACGGCGCCCACCUCUACCGCGCCAGCCCGCUCAGCCCCGAGCACAAACUGUACCAGUCCGGGAAGUCGGGUCCGCUCCCCGGCUCGUCCAAGUCCAGGGGCACGCCGGGCUCAGCCACCGCCUCGCGCGAGGUAAUCAUCUCCGGCGGGGCGUACAACACCCCCCAGAUCCUCAAACUCUCCGGCGUCGGCCCUGCCUCCGAACUAGCACACUUCAACAUCCCGCUCAUCGCCGACCUCCCCGGCGUCGGUUCCAACCUGCAAGACCACUACGAAACCUCGGUCACCGCCAAAGCCCCGCUCGACUGGGCCGUGUUCCGCGGGUGCACCUUCCAGUUCAACACCACCUCCGACCCGUGUCUUGACAAAUGGCAGAACCCGGGUUUGUUGGGCGAUCGGGGGACGUAUGUCACCUCGGGAUUGUCGGUGGCCAUGUUGCACAAGUCUACCGUUGCGAGAGAGAAGGGGGAAGGGUUUGACUCGUUUGUGUUUGGCGGUCCGGCGCGGUUCGCCGGGUACUACCCCGGCUAUGCGCGCGACGCAACGGGAGAGCAUGAUUGGUGGACGUGGGCCGUGUUGAAGGCGCAUCCGCGCAACAGGGCGGGGACGGUGAGGUUGCGGUCGGGGGAUCCGUUGGAUCCGCCUGAGGUGGUGUAUAAUUAUUUUGAGGCCCAGGACUCAGACCAGGACCUGCAAGCUAUGUAUGAGGCGGUUGAGUUGGCGCGGCGCGCGCUGAGACGGCAGCCGGUUGAGACGACUGAGGAGUUGCCUGGGGAUAGAGUGGACACGGAGGAGAAGGUCAAGCAGUAUGUGAGGGAUGGCAGCUGGGGGCAUCAUGCUAGCUCGAGCUGCCCGAUUGGGGUGGAUGGGGAUCCAAUGGCGGUGUUGGAUAGCAAGUUUCGGGUGAGGAAGGUGAAGGGGUUGAGGGUGGUGGAUGCGUCGGUCUAUCCGCGCAUCCCGGGCACGUUUACGGCUGUGUCGACAUACAUGGUUGCUGAGAAGGCGGCUGAGGAUAUUUUGAGUGAGGUUUAGGGGAGGGAUUUGCUCUUGUUUGGAUUCUUACUUUGUACAUUGUGAAUUGUUGAUCAGGACGUGGGUGUACUUCGUAUACUCCGUACAUUGGAAUUAAUAGUAGUAAUACAUUGUUGUGAC